AUGUUCAGACACGCGAUCAGAGCGCGAGUUUCUCUUUCGUUGUGUGGCAAACACCCUGUCGCUGGUCGACGGUGGAACUCAAACGUGCCAGCAGCACAGAAGCUGACAAUAAACGGCGACCGAUUAUGGAACGACAUCCACUUCACAGCGCAGUAUAGCGCCCCGUCUCCCGGAGGCGUAACUCGACUAUGCGCCGACGAAAAUGACAAGCUAGCUCGGGACUGGUUUCGCGAUCAGGUGCUGGCGCUAGGAGCAGAGUACAAAGUCAACGCGACGGGAAGUCAGUUUGCGAAGUUCGACGGCGAGGAUGAUACUGUUCCGCCGAUUGCCAUGGGAAGCCAUCUUGACACGGUCGCCACGGGCGGAAAAUUCGACGGGCCACUCGGGGUACUCUCCGGUCUCGAAGUCAUCCGCAGUUUCAAGGAACAAGGCAUCAAGACGCGGGCUCCUCUCGCACUCAUAAACUGGACCAACGAGGAAGGUGCUCGUUUCUUUCCACCGUUGGGAUCAUCGACCGUCUACGCAGGACAGACGGGUGUGGAGCAAGCGCAUGCAUCUCUCUCGAAUGAUGGCUCAGGCAUCACGAUGGGGAGUGAGCUGGCCAAGAUCGGCUACGUCGGCGACGGACCGAACACGUUCGAGGAAUUCCCCAUCUCCGCCCACUUUGAGGUUCAUGUUGAGCAGGCGACGGACCUGGAAAAAGCAGGGAAGCCAGUUGGCUGGGUGGAAGGUUGGCACGGAAUAACCUACUACGAAGUAGUAUUCACCGGCGAGGACGGCCACGCAAAUACAUAUCCAAUGUACGGACGACGGGAUGCGUUGACCGGUGCGGCGAAGCUCAUCACGCAGCUGGAGACCCUGGCCUAUUCCAGGAAUGGGUACACGACUGUGACAAACAUCCAAAGCGGACCGUGGGGCGCCUGCAACAUCCAGUCAAAGACAAAGGUUGUCUUCUGUCUGAUGCAUAGGGAGACAGAGGGGCUGGAAGAGAUGGGCGCAGAUAUCGUUCGCUCGAUCAAGGGCAUUGCCGCGUUGCACGGGCUGGAGUAUGAUGUGACCCGACCGGUCCAUCUCCUGCCUGGGGAUUUCUGGCCAGAGGCAGUUGACUGCGUGCGUCGAGCCUGCGGCGACAAGGGCAUUGGAUCUCGCACGGGAACUGCACACGACUCGACCAUGACUCGACUUAAGUGUCCAACUGGGAUGGUGUUUGUGCGAGGAAAGGAUGGAAUCAGUCACUGCGCGAAGGAGUGGAGUGACAAGGAGGAUUGCGAGGAAGGCGCCCUGGUGCUCGGCAAGGCAGUGCUGAACUUUGAUGCUUAUUUGAAGGAGCAGGCAGGAAGGGAUAAGGCCUCUCAACCCAGUAUCGCCAUGGAGAAAUACGUCUUCGAGACUCACCCUAUCGCCAACCCUGAUGCGGUCGUCCAAGGCCCCAACUACCGCUUCACUCUCCUCAACGAGCGCUUAAUCCGGUUCGAGUGGGCAGAAGAUGGCCAGUUCGAGGACAGAGCAUCAACAUUCGCAAUUAAUCGAGAGUUUCCUGCCCCAAAGUUUCAAGUAGUCAAUGGCGAUGAGCUUGAAAUCAUAACAGACCAUUUCCACGUCAGCUACACCAAGCAGAAAUUCAGCCCGGAAAGCCUCAUCUUCCACUUCAACGGCAAGAGCGUCAAAUAUGGAACGCCGUGGCGAUUUGGGACUCCAACGGAAUUCAACCUUGGGGGUACGGCGCGGACAUUAGAUGGAGUCGACGGUCGAUGCGAUAUGGGCCAGGGCGUUCUCUCAAAAGCAGGCUAUGCGGUAAUUGACGACUCGAAGAGCAUGCUGUUCGACAGCAACGGCUUCGUAGCACCAAGAAAGCCCGGGGAGCGAUUCGACUGCUACCUGUUCUGCUACGGUCGCGAUUAUAAAGCGGCCAUCAAGGCAUUCUAUGCUGUGUCCGGAAAGCAGCCUGAGGUGCCACGCUUUGUCCUGGGCAACUGGUGGAGUCGGUACUAUGCCUAUCACCAGGAUGAGUACGUGGAGUUGAUGGACAAGUUCCGCGAGCAUGACAUCCCACUGUCGGUUGCCGUCCUCGACAUGGACUGGCACUACGUGUCCGACGAACUGGUGCCUCAUGCCGGCUGGACAGGCUACACCUGGAACGAGAAGCUGUUUCCUGACCCGGGGCGCUUCAGGAACGAGAUCCAUCAUCGGAAGCUCCGGAUUACGCUCAACGACCAUCCGCAUGCCGGGAUCCACGCGCACGAAGCCGCAUACGAGGACAUGGCACGUUUUCUCGGCCACGAUACCAGUGACAAGAAGCCGAUCCUGUUCGACCCCGCGAGCCCGAAGUUCAUGGAGGCCUAUUUUGGGAUCCUGCACCGCAGACUAGAGAACGAAGCAUGCGACUUCUGGUGGGUUGACUGGCAGCAGGGGCCUUUUUCCAAGAUCCCCGGGUUCGAUCCAUUAUGGUUGUUGAACCACUUCCAGUAUCUCGAUAGCAAGCGGAAUGGCCGUUACCCCCUGAUUUUCUCUCGGUAUGGAGGGCCAGGAAGCCAUCGAUACCCCAUCGGAUUUUCCGGAGACACCGUUGUGAGCUGGGACUCGCUCGCGUUCCAGCCGGAGUUCACCGCGACUGCUUCGAAUAUCGGAUACGGCUGGUGGAGCCACGACAUUGGUGGCCAUAUUCGAGGAAUCCGUGACGAUGAGCUUCUCGUGCGGUGGACUCAACUCGGGGUGUUCUCGCCGGUGAUGCGGCUCCACUCGACCUCCUCGCGCUGGAUGUCCAAAGAGCCUUGGCUCUACAGGGAUGAAUGCAGUGAGGCCAUGGCCGGGUUCCUGAGGUUCAGACAUCGCUUGGUGCCGUACCUAUACACCCAGAGCGUUCUUGGAUCUCGCAACGACGAGCCGCUAGUCCAGCCAAUGUACUGGUCAUAUCCAAACGAGAACAACGCGUACGAAUUCCCGAAUCAAUAUUAUCUCGGUACCGACUUGCUAGUUGCUCCCAUUGUCCAGCCGCGGGAUUUGCGGACAAACCUGGCCUCCGUGAAAGCGUGGCUCCCGCCGCAAGGGCGCUUCAUGGAUCUCUUCACCGGAACGAUCUACGACGGUGGUCGAGGGGUUACCUUCUACCGGUCCAUAAGACAGUAUCCAGUUCUAGCAUCAGAGGGCUCAAUCAUCACUAUGGGGCAUGGAAUAUCUGCUCGAAAUGGUUGCUCAAACCCGUCUAGGAUUGAGAUAUUGAUACUGGUAGGGAGGGACGGGCACGCAAGCGUGAUUGAGGACGCAGCAGACGACAGUUUUGACGAGCGUGAUGAAUGUUAUCCGCAGACUCCAAACGCACGAAGAGAAUGGUCGAUCACGUUCCAGCAGGAGAGAGGGGAGUUAACCGCGAGGAUACCCGCCGGAAACCUCGCUGUUCGCUUCCCAGGUCUACACUCAAUACCGCAAGGGUUCAAGGUGCGGAUUCAAGACAACGAGCCGGGGGAUGGUGGUGUUGACGUUCAACUGGAUCGGUACCGCAACAUGCCGUGUCUUUCAGUGUACUUUCCUGGAUUGGAUCCACUUCUGCCAACUACAUUCACAAUCAUGCUGGGCCCAAAUCCACAGCUUGCAGUCCUUGACCACGGCCCUCGUUUAGAAGAGGUGAUCAGAGGAUAUCAGAUCGAGUUCAGCAUGAAGGACCGAUUGUGGAACGCCAUCGAAGGGGGAAAGGGAAAACCGCUUAGCACAAUCUCGUCGCUGUUAGCAUUGGGAUAUGAUGAAGCUAUCGUUGGUCCACUCGUCGAGUUGAUCGCGGCAGAUAGUAGGCCCUUGAGCCCGCCCUCGACCGGGUGA